AAGGAACCUCCCAGUCCCAUUCCCUCUGUGCGGACACCGCCAUUUCGCUGGCAGGGCGUAUUUGAACCCAGGAUAAGUCUCCCCAUUAACAUUCCUGACGGCGCAUGGCCCUCCGUUUAACUACACUCCGUCUCCCGACCCAUCCAAUCUGGCCCACCGCCCUUGUUCCCCGCAUCCUCCUCCCCCGCAUCCCCGCACCGUCCAGGUUCCGAGCCAUGUCGUCGUCCGCCGCCCCGGCAAGGAAGUACGAGUGGCUAGUCGUCGUGCCCGACCACCCGGGCAUGCAGCAGAAGCGGAUAGAAGUCAGGUCUCAGCACUUGACCAACAUGAAGCCGUUCGUCGAGUCCGGGCAGUGGAAGAUGGGGGGCGCCGUCCUCACCGAGGUUCCUGCGGACGAUGAGCCUACCAGCCUGAAGUUUGCCGGCAGCACUGUGGUUGUGAUCGCCGAGUCCAAGGAGGAGAUCAUCACCAUGAUGAAGAAUGACAUCUACGGGAAGACGGGUGUCUGGGAUAUUGAGAAUGCUCAGAUGUGGCCGUUCAAGUGCGCAUUCAGGAAUCCGUAAUGGGGCAAGGUGAUUGAUAUCAAAUCUCAGCGAUAUUAGGGGUCUUAGUAAAAUAACCCCUCUAGAUUGCAAGAUUUUGCUCUGUUUCACCGUAGAUAAUAGACUCCAAAGCACACUCACCCAAGCAGUCCGAAAGCAUGCUGAUAUAAAC